CGCUUCCCCAACCCAGAAGCCCAUCAGCCCCAGUAAACUGUGGAGAGGUGGGAGGGGCAUCCUGGAAAGCAGCAACUGCCCGACAUGGGUCUCCGCCUGGGCUGCUUGCAGCCCCUGCCGCUGUCGCCUCGGUCGCUGUGCGCCGCAACUCCCCAGAUUCCAAGCCGCUUUCCCGCCCCGUGUAGCGGAAAUUGAGGGGAGGACCGGGUGGGGGGUGGCCGCUGCCGUUGCCUUCCUCAUGUGAGAGAAAAGGGGGAGUUACUCCCACCCUGCUCGGUUUCUGCAGCCACCCCCGCUUCCUUCUCCUUGCGCGCCCAGGCCCUAACCGGAGCCGCGGCGUGUCCCUCUUUUUCAGCUUCGAUGAUGGAUAGGAACUACCCGCCAGCUCCCAGUUUCCCUGACCCGCUGGCUUCGGUCUCAGCCGUUGCGUCUUCGCAGCCCGCUACCGCUUGGGCCUACGAACGGGCCGCCAGCAGCAUUAAGCCCAGUUUAAGCUAUGGAGAAGGACAUCCAUCACACUCGGAAGCAGAUCUUCACAGACAAACAUAUACAACUUCCCAGCUUCCUGCAUAUGCUACCACACCCCACCCAACUGGUCUUUCUGGAAUUUUUGAUAACACUAUGCACAGUGGCAGUAGCAACACUAAGGAAACAUCAGUAAUGAAUUUUCUCACUGCAAUUGAUUCUCGAAAUGCUCAGGCUGUUUCUUCAGGAACUACUCUAUUACCACAGUUCAGGGCUUCAACAUGGCAGCCAGGUAUACAUUCUUCAACAGCAGCUGAACUUUUUGCUACCGGAGCCUUGCCAGCUUCUGGAACAUUUCCACCAGCGUCAGUUUAUCAGCAUCCCACUGCUUAUAGCAGUAGAAACUUUGUUUCAACUCCCUCUCUAACUCUUCAAGAUGCAACUUUCAGUGCAACAUCCAAUGGACUUCUGACUACUCAUGACCCUUUACUGCAAAUUAAAACAUCCCAAGGCACAGUUCCUACUGCACUAACGUUUGAGCGCCUGGGCAGUUCUGUGUUAAGUACUAGCAUACCACCUCAGUCUUCAACAUACCGCUCUGCUCAAGAGUCUGCAGCGCAUCUCUUGCAGCCACAGUUUAGUUUGUUGCCUUCAUCACUUGGAGGAGCUCAACAAACUCCACAAGUGUAUAGCUCAUCUCUGUUUACUGGUUCCACUGCCUCCAUUGAAAGAGCACUGCAGCGAGAAUGUAGUGUUAUUAAACACCAUCAGCGGCCUUCAAGCACACAGUCUGCUCAGGCACAACUGACUGGUUCACAGCAUUCCUUACACAACUAUUUAUCAAGCGCAAGUGGAACAGAUUUUCCAGAAACAUCCCAGCAGUCAUCCAUUUCUUGUAGCCCAGUUGGUGAUACUACUCAGGUGAGCAAUGGUGGAUCACAGCAGAAAACCUCUCAAGUUUCAGUGGAACUUGCUCAGUCAUACACAUCUGCAAUUCCAUCACCUGGCUUCCCAUCUGUUUCCACUGCUAAGACAAAACAGUGUUCUACAAAGCAGCCACAAAGAGUAACAAAGACCCCCCAGCCUCAAAGCAUAGCCCUUACUGUACAGACACAGACCUGUUCCAAAACUACACAGACGCAGAGUUCUGUGAUAGCAGGACAAGCACAAAUCUAUUCUACAGCACAGCUCCCCAGUCUCUUGUCAGUAAGCCAAUCACAAAACUAUAUUUCAGCUCAAUCACAAAAUAUGCCAUCUGUCAGUCAUGCACAGGUAUUCCCAGCCAGUAAAGUUGAGAAGCUGCCUUCAUUGUACAAAACUCUUUCUUUUUCUGGGCAGUCACAGGCUGUUACUUCUGAUAGCCAGACACUAAGUUAUUCUGAUCAACAGGUAUUAAGUUCAGUCCCAAAUGAGAACUACUCUGGGCAAACAGGGGAUCUUUCUUCAGGCAGUCAGUCUCAAAAUUAUUCUUCCAGUCAUUCUCAGGGUUUGACGACGAUCAGCCAGUCACAAGUCAGUUAUUCAUCUCAAUCACAGGAUUUGUCAGUUGUUAGUCCUUCAGAAACGUAUACUACUGGACAGUCUUUAACAUUAACAUCGCAAUCUCUUCCAUUUUCAUCCUCGGCUCAUGUUCAGAAUUUAUCAGUUUCUAGUCCCCUCCAGAGCUAUAUUCCCCUACAUUCUCAAGCGCAAGAGUCAUCAUCUUCCCAGUCUCAAAAGUUUUUGGCAGUUGUCCAGGCUACUCCUUUUGCAAUGCCAGCUCAAUCACAAGCACUGCAGAACAGAUCUCCCUCAGAUACAAAAUCAUACAUGAAAAGGAAAUCUGAUCCUAAUUUGUAUCAAGCAUCAAAGCAAGAUGAUCAUUUCCCAAUGCAAGAUUUGCAGGUAUUGCAACAGCAAGCAUCUCUGGAUUCUUCCUCUCAAAGAAUAACUGAUGGUGAAGCUGAUGUGCAGGAUACCACUUACAAAGUUUCCAAAGCAGAUAAUCCUUAUUCUCAAAGUGUAAUCAGGAGUAACUCUCGUCUUGAAGAUCAAGUUGUUGGAUUUACUCUUCAGGGGUCAAAAAAAGAUGAGAGAAUGAUUAGCUCUGUGGCUCAGCUUAUCCAACAAAUUGGCCAUGCCACAAAUGUAGUAACCCAUGAUGUUAAAAAGGGAGCUAAUUUAAUGCAGACAACUCAAGUAAAUGUGGAUGCUAAAGAACUAAACCAGCAACAUUCUCUUCUGCAUAAGGUACAGGAAGCUAAAGUCUCACAGCAACAAGGCCAAAUCAUUAGCACACCACCCCAACUUCACACACAGGCCAUAAGGCAUGGCCAUCACCUCUGUCUGCCUGGUGCACAAGUUCUUCUAGAAUCUGCUUGUGAUUUACACAUGCUUCAUCCGUCAAUAUUGCAAUCUGGCUUAGGUCCCACAAAAAUAUCUCCACAAGUGCAGUGCAUUCAGAGUCCUCAGCAGGUGACUCAUCAGUUUCUUCAGGUGGAUAGUCACAUGGUUCAAAGUAAUGGAGGACAUUCGCAGCAGCAGCUUCAUCCUCAAACUACUGAAGUUGUCUCUGAAUCCACAAAGCCACUACAGCAGCACUUGACAUCAAAAGAUAAUUUUGUGCAGCCAAAUCAUGAACCUAAGAAUCAGUUUGUUUCUCUUAGUACUGUGUGUUUUCCAGAGUCCAUGCUUCUCAGUGAUGAGAGGAAUAUACUCUCUAAUGUUGAUGAUAUUUUGGCAGCAACAGCUGCUGCUUGUGGUGUAACUUCAACUGAAUUUGCCAAAGUAUCAUCUAAUGAAGAAGAAAUCCAGUCAAUUGAAAACGGAGACAAUUCUAAGGCUCAGUUCCAGGCAAUAGAAGUCAGGCAUGUAACACCUACCUUCAGCCCCACGCCAACAGUUGCUGGAAAACCCCUGAGUAUAAAUAAUAUUUCUUUAAAUGGAGGCCAGGUUACCCUCAGCCUCUCAGCAGUGUCUGCAGCGCAGCCAAAAAAUCUGAGCCUUGACCAGCAGCACAUAGAAACUUCUGAUCAAGGCAUUCCCACAAGGCUUGCCACAUCAGAGCUUGAACAGAGGCAAGAACAGGUCUCUGGCCUAGUGAAACAGCAAUCUAGCACUAUUAAUGACUCUGAGGGGGGAAAUGUUGAUGGUACCUUAAAUAUAAAAGAUGCAGACUUUGUUUCAAAUGGUAGGACUCUGAACAAAAGUGUCAUAUCAAACAAUAAUUUUAAUAUGGAAAGUGAAAACUCCAUGAUAGGAAACAAUGCUAAAAUUCCUUUGCAACCAAUACGAUCUACGCAGCAACCAGAUGAAAAUGGUAGUAAAGCAGAAGAGGAGAGACAAGACACAUUGCAAGAGGACCUUCAGAGGCAAAAAGACAAAGGACAAAAUAAAACUAAAAGUAUUGGUGACGAUGACACAAAUCAGAAGCAACUGACACAAACUGGGCAAUGCAGACGUCAGAACUCAAGAGGAACUGAUGCCAGCUUGCUGUAUUCAUCCCCUGUUGCUGAAAGCAGCUAUGAAACCUAUGAACAUCAAGAGAAAAUGAGGCAGAAAAUCAAAGAAGUGGAAGAAAAACAACCGGAGGUCAAAACAGGAUUCAUUGGUUCUUUUUUAGAUUUCCUGAAAUCUGGGGCCAGGCAACAGUUUUCAGCUCCUGCAAUACGUAUGCCUAAUCGUGUGAGGAGGCCCAUUGCCCCAGUCAUUAGAGCACCUUGCACACAUCCCCUGUCAAAACCUUGGGUGACAGCACCUCCUGCAUCUCUUGAGGAGGGUUGUGAAAGUUCAAACAAAAAGAGCAGCGAGGAACCUAAAAGAAGUUCUGAAACAUUGCCUUCAUUUUCUUCUGAUGAAGAUUCUGUAGGAGCUAACCAGGACCUUCAGAAGAGCAUCACAUCUGCAUUAUCAACCUUAGAUGAUACUUCUGAUAAAAAGAAAAAAACAGAAAUGGAAGCAACUGUGUCCAGUGCCAUGAACAACAUUGUUCUAACGAAGGAAUCUUCUCAGAUAGCUCCUUCUGUGGCAGAUGCUCAGAUGAAAACCUGUUUUGUACAACCUGAAGAGAGUGGUGCUGAUUCAGACCAGCUAGCAAAGCCACAGGCAGCUGCUGCAAUAGAAGGAUGUUCUGAGGAAGAGAAUGGGGACAGUGGAGGCGAAGGCAUGUACAGAGAACGUGAUGAAUUUGUAGUGAAGAUUGAAGACAUAGAUACACUAAAGGCUGCUUUAAAAACAGGAAGAGAGCCUCCAGCCAUCUGGAAAGUCCAAAAAGCAUUGCUGCAAAAGUUUGUUCCUGAAGUAAGAGAUGGACAGAGGGAAUUUUCAGCUACCAACAGUUAUCUUGGGUAUUUUGGAGAUGCAAAAUCAAAGUAUAAACGGGUAUAUGUGAAAAUCUUAGAAAAUACGAACAAGAAAGAAUAUGUAAGAGUAUGUUCCAAGAGACCAAGAAAUAAACCUUUGCAGUCUCCAAGAACUGUUCAUUAUAAGCCAAGUACCAGCAUCAGCAAAGUUCCUGAUACUCCAGCACCAAAAACAGCAGCAGUAACAACAAAAGUUUCUUCACUGAAACCCAAAGCUAAACAGCCAAAGACAAAGGCUGAACCACCACCAAAGAAACGGAAACUAUGGAAAGAAGAAUUCCCCACUUCUCCUCAGCGCCAGAGUGAUGAGGAUGAUAUUUCAGACACUGCUCCUCCAACUCCCUUUGUUGCUCGCUUCUUGAACACCAGAGCUAUGAAGGAAACAUUUAGGAGUUAUAUGGAACUGCUUGUUAGCAUUGCUCUGGACCCGGAUACAAUGCAAGCACUGGAGAAGAGUAAUGAUGAACUGCUUUUGCCUCACAUGAGAAAAAUUGAUGGUAUGCUGAAUGAAAAUAGAAAAAGACUGCUCUCCAAAUUACACUUAGAGCGCUCUUUCAAGGCUGCUUUGGAAAGCUUUCCUGAACUAACGGUUAUCAGUCGUGAUUCUAAAACGAAAAGUGGGGUGAGUGCAGUCUCUAAAAUCAAGAUGAAUGGGAAAGCUUAUAACAAGAAAACACUGAAGAUUUCUAAAGCAACCACUAAAUUAGCACAGGAGUUUGCUGUGGAUCCAGAAAAAAUACCAUUGUGUUCUUUGUAUCACUCACUCCAUCACUACAAAUACCAUAUGUUUCUGAGGUGCAAAGUAGAGAUUUCUUCUGUUCAAAAAAAGAAUGCAGAUCUAGGCCAGGAGGAGAUUGUACAGCACUGCAUGAAAAAUAUGAAAUGGGUAGAAGACCUCUUUGAGAAGUUUGGUGAACUUUUGAAUCAUGUUCAACAGAAAUGUUCAUAAGAAACUUUGUCCAAAAUCCCAUGUUUUUCUACAGCAUUCAUAAUAAUAAACUUGAAAGCUCAAAGAAGCUCUGGUUAGCCUAAUCAUGCCAGAAUCUAUUCUAGGUCAGUGGAAUUUAUGGUGUUCUUUGUUCCUUGGCUUAUAAGAAAAAAUUAUGCUGCCAUGUAAAUGGAACUACAAACAAAACCUCACUGCAUUUUUAACCUGAAGAAUGAUUUUUGUAUUUUGUAAACUCUUGUAUUGUCAUAACUUAGGUUUAUUUUUGACAAGAUGAUCAAAGCAUGCACUAUAUAUAUAUAUAUUUUUGGCUAUGAUGAAAGUAACACUUAAUAUCAUGGCUUUUUUUUUGACUCUGAAUAUUAGAAAGAGUCUGGGUUGGUAAACUAAUAUUUACAUUUGGCUGACUUAUUAAGUAGAUCUUGUACAUUUUGUAAACAGAGGUAGUGUGACAGAAAAUUCUGUAUAUGAAAAAUCACCAUCAGAAAUGAAAAUCUUGCUCUAUGGACUCCUUUUACUGCUGUUAUGUUCAGGAGGCUGAACAUGGAGUUGGUGCAAUCCUGGGACUGGUAUUUUUUGUCAAAUUAUACUGUAAUAAAAACAAUGACCUAUUUCCCUCUUUUUGUUUUUUGAAGAAAAACAUUUUCCUUUAUAAUGUGUUUUUUCCUUUGGAAAGAAAUCAAUUGUACAUUUUAUCUCACUAAUAGUUGUAUUUUUCACAGAGAAAAUAUUGUGACUAUAAUUGUUUCAUGUAUCUUUGUAAUACUUUCUAUUGUUUAAGUAAAUCCUGUUCAUUUUAUAUGUUAAUUUCAUAUUGUAAACUAUGUAUCUUGAUAUAAACAUUUUGUUUAUACAGGUUUCCUUCAGUGUUAACCAGGAAUAAGAUGUACUAGACUUUAUAAGUUUGCUCUGUAAGUGUAGUUGUGUUUAGACACUGCAUUUAUUUUCUGAUACGUAAGAAUAAAUUUUUUAGUAAAAUUGGAUGAUUGAGAGUUUAAGUGAAAAGCUACUACACCUGUUUUCUGGAAAACAAAGGUUGAUGCAGUGUUGAAACACAUCAGGCAUAGUUUUGUUUUAGAACUGGUAAUGGCAGAACUGUUUGCUUCUUGGUGCCUUUAAAAUUCUCAGACAUAUUUUGUAGUUUUCUCCUCUGAGUUAUUUUUAAUCAAUAGGGCUAGUAGGGCCCACUUAGACAACAUGUGUUAAUCUCAAAUCAGUAGGAAAUUUUCAUUUGCCAACAGAAUGCCUUACCUCAGCCACUAAGUCCUCUGCUUGGAUUUGUGAAAAGACUGAACAUAUUGUCAUCAAAUAAUUUAUAUAAAUAAUUGAUUUGUCCUUUCACUGCCACUUAGUGCCUUAAUUUCAGCCAAGAAAGCAGAAUUCCUUGUUCAUUAGCCAACCAGGAUAUUCUUAUAUGUAGCAUGGUGUAUUUUCCUUAGUUGUAAAUAUGUUCAUUGCACCUUAGAUUUGUAAAGUAUAAUGAAGGGCUGUGAUAAUGAGCAAUUAAACUAGGAUUUCGAAAUAUUGAA